AUGGCAAGUUCAGCAAAGAAACUAAAAGUGCAAAAUAGCAAGGAUACUAGAGAAUUUCAGACUUGGUGGACUGAUAAAUUCGGCGUGAUUAAUAAAGGUGACAAAGCAGUGUGUGUUUUAUGUUCUGGCACCAUGGUAUGUAGAACAUCUUCCGUUAAACGGCAUUUUGAAACAAAUCACAAAUCAAUUUGUCAAAAAAGCGAAGCAGAGCAAAAGGAAUUAAUUGCGAGUGCUUUGAAAGACAGAAACAAACAGUCAACAUCAAUAAAUAAAUUUGUUGGCAAAAACUGUCAUACAAGUGCGGCAAGUUACACGGCUGCAAAUGUCAUUGCCCGGCAUAGUAAACCCUUUCAAGAAGGCGAGUUUUUAAAGGAAGCCUGGUUAGCAUGCGCGCCUUCUCUUUUUGCUGAUUUCGAGAAUAAAAAUAAGAUAAUUCUGCGCAUCAAAGAUACUCCUUUGUCCAGAAACACAAUAAAGGAAAGAAUCUUAAAAUUGGCUGAAAAUGUUACAGAGCAACAAAAGCUUGACAUUCACUCUGCUUCAUUUAUAUCGCUAUGCCUCGACGAAAGCACUGACGUCACAAAAUCUGCACGUUUAGCUGUUUUUGCUCGAUACUGCGUAGGAAACGUCAUUAAGGAGGAAUUAAUUGCGAUAAAAUCGUUACCAACAACUACAAAGGGCGCAGAUAUUUGUACGGCAGUUAAAAAUUCGAUAGUUGAAAAAGAAAUUGAUAUAAAAAAAGUUGUUUCUGUAACAACUGAUGGUGCUCCGAGUAUGGUGGGUAAAAAAAUUGGUUUCAUAAGUUUAUUUCAAACUGAAGUAGGACAUUCGAUUCUUGAAUUCCACUGCAUCAUUCACCAACAAGCCUUAUGCGCUAAGUGCGGUUUAACAUCUCUUGAUAAUGUUAUGGCAGUAGUUACGAAAAUAGUCAACCUCAUCUCUGCUCAGGCUUUAAACAAGCGAAAGUUCGACGCUUUGUUGGAUGAAGUCAACUCCGUGUAUAAUGGCUUACUCAUGUAUAAUAAUGUUCGGUGGCUGAGUCGUGGGUCUGUACUUGAAAGAUUUCAACAAAUGCAAAUGCUUGGAAGAAAUCAGACUGUUUCUGCAAAAUGA